AUGCAGACUACUUCUACAAAUUUUUGUGAAAGACUGUGCAAUAAGUCCAUCUGUGAAAUUUCCUUGUUACUAAAUAUUCCACAAUCAACUGUUAGUGAUAUUAUAACAAAGCGGAAGCAACUGGGAACAAGAGCAACUCAGCCACGAAGUGGUAGGCCACGUAAAAUGGCAGAGCGGGGUCAGAGCAUGCUGAAGCGCACAGUGCGCAGAAGUCACCAACUGUUUGCAGAGUCAAUAGCUAAAGACCUCCAAACUUCGUUUGGCUUUCAGAUUAGCACAACAGUGUGUAGAGAGCUUCAAAGAAUGGGUUUCCAUGGCCGAGCAGCUGCAUCCAAGCCUUAUAUCAGCAAGUGCAAUGCAAAGUGUCUGAUUAAGUGGUGUAAAGCACGCUGCCACUGGACUCUA